AUGAAGUUGAAGCAUUUAAGGGACCUGCCGGAAGAAUUGUGCUAUGAACGAGCGCGCCCAGGCAUCUUAUUGGGCGCGGAUCAUUGGGAGCACAUUGUGUCGCGAGAACUGCGAGUUGGCGGCCGCAACGAACCGGCUGCAUCAAGAACGCUACUCGGCUGGGUGGUACACGGUACGUUACCACGUAGCGUCAUAACAAAGAAAGAAAACGUGCUUCAUAUAUACGAGCGGGAGCACGACGGACUGCAUAACCUCGUGGAAGAUCACUUCAAAAUAGAAGCGCUCGGCGUCACACCAGAACCGAGAGUGAGUGACGCAGAUCGACGAGCCAUCGCCACAUUGAAGACGUCUAUAAGGAAGAUAGACUGCGGGUACGAAGUCGGCUUGCCGUGGCGACAAGACAACACCGCCAUGCCGCCGAGCUACAACGCGGCACUUCGACGCCUGCGACAAAUCGAGCACAAGAUGGACGCCUCGCCUGAAUUUGCCCGCGAAUAUACUGCACAGGUGAAUAACCUUAUAGAAAAAGGAUACGCAGUGAGGUGCGACGGGUCAGAAUCAUCGAGUCCCGUCUGUUGGUACCUCCCUCACUUCGCGGUGCAGAACCCGAACAAGCCUGGCAAGCAGAGGUUGGUGUUCGACGCAGCGGCGACAAGUCACGGGGUGAGUCUGAACGACCACUUACUGGAAGGCCCUGACAUGUUGAUGUCUCUGCCCGGAAUAAUGUUUCGGUUCGGGGAGAGCGCUGUAGCAGUCACAGCGGACAUACAAGAAAUGUUCCUGCGAAUCAAGAUCCGUGCCGAAGAUCAGUCAGCGCAGCAAUUUCUGUGGCGCGGUAACGACCGAACCAACCCGCCGCAGCGAUUUAAGAUGACCAGCAUGAUCUUCGGUGCAGCGAGUUCACCAUUCAUGGCGCACUUCGUAAGGAAUCACAACGCCAACGUGCAUGCGCAGCUGUAUCCCAGAGCAGCGGAGGCCAUCACCAAAUAUCACUAUAUGGACGACUUGGUGGCCAGCUACGAUACACCCGGAGAAGCGCACGAAGCCAUAGAGGAAACGAAGACGGUGCACGCGGCGGCGGGAUUCACUCUGCGCGGUUGGAACUCGAACGACGAGAGUGUGCUUCGCGACGUGCCCCAGAGUUGCGCUCGAAUCAGCCCACGCAACUGGGGAGAACAUCAACACAGCAAGAUAUUGGGACUGCGGUGGGACCCGGAGCGAGACGAGCUGGGAUUCAACACAGCAAUGAGCCGAGUCCCGAAAGAAGUAAAACGCAAGUGCGCACGCCCACCAAGAGAAGCCCUCAGUACAGUCAUGUCGAUCUACGAUCCACUGGGACUUCUCAGCGUGUACACCAUUCGCGCCAAGAUCAUCCUUCAGAACUUAUGGCGCUUAAAGAUGUCGUGGGACGAACGGGUGCCAGAGGAAGACGGCAAGCUGUUCGCGACGUGGUUGUCGCAACUGUCGGCGAUCGGCCAGUUGCGCAUUCCCCGACAUUAUGGACCGACGAGCCACGAGCGACGCAUCGAGCUCCACGUUAUGUGCGACGCCAGCGAGCAGGCCUACGCAGCGGUGGCGUAUUGGCGGAUGGUCGGCCAAGAGAACGUUACACUCUCUUUGGUGGCCGCCAAGGCGAAGGUGGCACCGCGACGGACGCAAACGAUACCCCGCCUCGAGCUGCAAGCGGCGGUAAUCGGGGCGCGCCUCGCUGACGCAGUGAAGAAGGAGCAUCGCAUCGUGGCGGAGAGAACUAUAUAUUGGACUGACUCCACAACAGUCAUCCACUGGAUCCGGAACGACGAGCGACGGUACACACCCUUCGUCGCGCAUCGUCUGCGGGAGAUCGCCGAGCUCACCGACAAAAGUGAGUGGCGAUGGCUACCCACGACGCACAACGUCGCCGAUGAAGCCACUCGACUUCGGAGCGACGCCGUGAGUGAAGACAGCCGGUGGUUCCGGGGACCUGAUUUCCUCCUCGAGCCCGAACAAUCAUGGCCCACGAGAGACGGAAGUCAGGACGACGAAGCAGAGGUCCUGCACGUCACAGAGAGCCCGGAAAGGAACGCUGGCUGCCCGACCCGACCCGCUUCUCCAAGUAUGAAACAUUGGUGCGAGCCACGGCGAGAGUCUUGGCGUUCGCGGACAUCGCGCGACGCAAGACACCACACCUGGAAGUGGGACACCUGA